AUGGGCAAGCACCGCAAACGUCAAACCAAUAAACAACGGAAUGCCACUCUGAAUCCGUCAUCAUCACCGCUUAGUCCUCCUCCUCCUCCAGCAGCAUCUUCUGACUCUGCAAUCGUUCUUACUUCCGAUGAGGAAGAAGAACAGCCACCCCAAGAUCAGCGUCGACAUCGACAGCAGCAACAACGACAACGACAACUACAACUACAACUACAACCACCCCUGCCUGAGGAAGAUGACGAUGAUUGGGCGAGGCAGCGCGAUGCGGAGCAAGGGAUUGUCGAUACUUCGGCCGGUAUCGAGCCAGACGAACAAGACAAAGAACGUGGCGUGACGACCACCCAUUCAUUCGCUAUCUCUAAUUUCCAUUAUAGUUUCCAUUUAUCUCGACCUUAG